GUGAUUCCUGUUGAGACCGCGCGUAACCCAGACGUUCAAGACUUUGUUGAAUGCAGUUGCAAAAAGCUAGUUUCUGAUUUUUCGAUAUUCGGAAAUUGACCACAGGCUUAAUAUUUUUUCGUGUUUGCUUCGCGUUUGUGGAUACAAUCAAGGUUUCAUCAGUUUUGUAAAUCUAAAGCCACCAGCUUCAAUUCGCUGGUUAUCAACGAGGACUGACCGACGACAUAUCAUCAUCAUCAUCAUCAUCAUCAUCGAUAAUUGAGGUCUGGGCGAAAUAAUACACAGUUCAGCUUUAUAUUAUCUGAACCGUGAUCUGAUCUUCGAAAAAAAUAAAAACUGGUAAUUUGCUAAGUUUUACCGUUGUGGUCACAAGACCGCUCCGAGCAUAUGGCAAAUCCUUCGGUUGUGCGGUAACGUUAGCUUAUUAGUUGUCUGUUAAAUCCAAAAGCAACUGGACAGAAUAAUAUAUAUUUUGGAAGACAUUUCGCUACUCAAAGUGACUCCAUAAGGUCAUUAGCUGGAAAUCAAAGAGCCAACCGUAAGAAGAACCCAACUUUGUGGUACCACCCCACCAUGUUGGGUAUUAUGGAUCAUCACCAAGACACCGUCCGGAAAUGUAAAACUGAGGCUUUGCCUCCAGAGCGUAGGAAGAGGACCGUAGAGGAUUUCAAUAAGUUUUGCAGCUUUGUCCUGGCCUAUGCUGGGUACAUUCCAUCUCAAACAGAAGAGAGUUCAUGGUCUCCGUCUUCAUCUCCAUGUACACAUGAGCUUUCUGAGCUCUCCGGUGAAGGGUCCGUGAAGGAUAGCUGGACGGACGCUCACUCCGACCUCAACAACAUUCACAACUUGGUCUACAAAGCUGAGACUGACAGCAGCAGCACAGAGUUCAGCCAUCUUCAGUCGGACAGCUCCUUAGACAAGAUGACACUGAAAGACUCUCUAAACCAGAUCCAUCUUCAUAGUAAAGCUGAGAGGAAGAAGGUGAAGAAACUUGGCCGCUUAUCUUUAGAAGGGCCAAGAAAAAGCAUGUCGGAGGCAAGAGCACACAAACAAUCGAAAGCGGCACUGAAGAAAAUGAAGAGAUCGAUAAAGACUGAGAGACACUUUACAUCAACAAGCCCUUUGAAUGAGGGGCUUCGAAAGGAGGAGGAGGUGCUAACGGAACAGGCCAUUCACAUGCAUGAGGCGGGGCUUAAAGUGGAGUCCAAUCAAGAAACAGACCUGAGCUCUUGCGAAACAGACACACUGGUGACCGAUGAGGAUAUUAUGGUGGAGUCUGGUGAUGAUUCAUGGGAUCUGAUUACAUGUUAUUGUGGGAAGCCUUUUGCCGGACGUCCCAUGAUUGAAUGUGACGAGUGCUCCAUAUGGGUCCAUCUCUCCUGUGCUAAGAUUAAGAAGUCCAACGUACCUGACAUUUUCUACUGCUACAGAUGCAGGGACUCUCGGGGUUCCACGGUCAAAAGAGACCUCUGAGAAUGGGUGUAUGGGUGCAGAUCCUGUGUGUGUAUUUAAAUGGAUGAGAUGUUCUCAUACCUGUCCUUUUUACUUUUCUGAUUACUAUUAAUUAGUUUCUGUUAAAUUAAAAAAGUUGAUUUAUAUAACUCCAUUUGUUCUCCUUUGUUCUGUGUUGACAGAUUGGUCUUGGUUUAUGAUGUUAAGUGGCUUUCAGGUUUAAGAAGGCUUCCUAAAACUCCUGCACUUAUUUGCACUACUGUAUUUUGAUUGUACACAAUAAACCUAAAAGUGAUAUUGGUGGAAAAUGUGCACUAUGACCAUAUAUUAUGUGGAUAAAUGAAUGAACAUCUCACUUGGCCCUCUGGUAUUUCAAAGCAAACUGUAGUUAGAUAAAAUAAAUUUAAAACAGAAACCUUUGCCUUCCACUAUAUGUAAUUUUUUUUUUUUUCCAGUGAUGAUUUUUUACAUCACAAGAACAUGUCCGGGUCAUGUCUCGUCAAGAAAGAAAUUUUAUUUUGUGUAAAGGAUCAUAAAGGAUUUUUUUUUCAUAAUUAUGAUUAUUUAUGAGAUUUAUCCAAAUACCAUGUACAUUUACCCCCAUUUAAGCAACGCUAUUUCCAUGAAAGGUGUUCUAAACCAGUGUUUUUCAGUCUUGCCGCUGGGGGCCAUCAGCGUGUCUCGCAAAAAAAAAAGAACCUUGUUUGGGUCAAGGAGCACUAUAGGAAAGAGUGCAAUUAGGAGCAUUAAAAAAGGGAUACCUCCAACACAGAUCUGUACUACCCAAACACUGUUCAAAUUGAUGUAAUUUUAUUUUUGUAAAGUUUUUCAGUCUUGUGACAAACAUCCUCACUUUAGUUGUUACAGGAGGUUCUCAGAUUAACCUUUGACCGUUGUAAAGCAGAUUUCAACAUAUUUAGACUGUUUUAUUGCUUGAUUGUUUGUGUAUUAAGUUGCAGUUCAGGAUUUUAGUUCCAAUUUUCAACUUUUAUCAAAAACUAUGGUAGAAUUGUUCAGUUUUUGAUUUUAAGACUGAAACAAUUUUGUAAUUUUUUCUUAUUUUGUUUGUGUGUCCUGCUCAUCCCAGUGUAUAUAGUACAUGUAUGUACAGGUGUAUAUGUUUGAAAGAUGAGGAAAUGCUAUAUUUUUUCUGACCAUUUACAGCAGUAAAUUCUGAAAAUAAAUGUUCUUUUAAAGGCAAAUUUA